AUGGAUACCGUUUGGUGCCGACUCAUCAAUCACGAGAACACGCUCUAUGGAGCUGAAGACUUUCCCGUCCUUAUACGUUCAAUCGACACUGUCGACCACUUGAAGAGAAGGGGGUGGAGCCUGUCCUCAAUCAUUUUGCCGCAAGCGAACUGUGCGUUUGGAAGGUGUGCUUUAGAGAGUCUACGUCCUGAUGGAUCUAAUAUCCACACGAAGCCGGACAUGGCGAUAUCCGCUGGGGAGGAUUUACUGGCCCCUAUCCAGUUGGUCGACGGCGACAAUGCACAAAUGUUGAAGAACCCGACAAUGAAGCUUUCAAGCCUCAAUCUCAAGAAGUUAGAAUUGUUGCUCGUGACGAUGCCAAUGCCUUCGGGUCAGAAGAGGCGACGGUCUGAAGAGGAAGGCAGCAGCGCGAAGCGUCUUACGUUCAGCCGAGGCAUGUUCACAGCAUUUGUGACCAUUAUUCCCUACCAAGAAGAGGACGUUGAAAUAGCAAGGAUCGCUCUUGCUCCUUCCUCGGCCGCAGCGAUGCCAGCCUUUCUGAAGGAGCAACAGAAACGCCCAGUUCUCAACGGCCGUCCCUGUCAUAACUUCGGACCCCCUAUCGGCUUGUUCCACCCCAUCUUUGAUUCAUUUCAAGCCGCUAAAGAUGAUGAGUCAAUUUUCAUAGACGCUGAGACUUAUUCAUCCGUCCGAAAACUUUUCGAAGCAAGCGCACACAUAUACGACAAUAAAAAUAAACGGAUUGACGCUAUCGACAAACAUUUGCUGAUGCUUCUCGGUGCCUACUUUAUUGGGGUCUCAGCAUCUGGUGUCCUCAGUGAUGGCGUCAUUAUUCAUUCAAGAGGUCCCUACACUGCAUAUCUAGUUUUGCGCGAGCAAAACCAAUUUUGCCGAGACAUCCCAAUCUACAGCGCUACACUCUUACUAGAGGAUUACCUAAAGGCCAUAUCGUACUGCCCCAGCUUCAUUCUAGAGAUCGCAGGGCCGUGGCUAUGUGUGCUCGGUGCUGUUUAUGUGGAUCGAGUAAUUAUGCAACCGUUAACGGAAUAUCUAUGGCUCGGAGGGGAUGUCUACAAUGAUGACCGAUUGCGUUCUGUGUCGCGACUUUUUGCCGCCCUACGGAUAUCUAUUUCUAAGCUACGCGAGUACUACGACUCCUUGUCCAAUGAUGCGGGUUUUCGUCCCGAUGGCUUUCCGUUCUUCCGGGGCUUUCAGGGGCAGACUUUCACAUACAUUGAGCGGCUUGCAGAAGACCGUGCAGACAAACUCGUUUACAAAGUGAAGAGAAAUAAUCGACCCGGACGGUCUUACGUGGUCAAGUUUGUGCCCAUGUACAAUGCGGCAGCUCACCGUCUCUUUGCUGAACAUCAGCUUGCACCCGCCUUGCACUAUGCCAGAACUGAGCACGACAAUGAACAAACGUACGGGGGGCGGUAUAUGAUCAUCAUGGACUUCGUUGUUGCAACCUCUCCCACACACUCGCUCUCUGAAGAACAAUUUGGCCAGGUCAAACGUGCUCUUGAGGUCCUCCAUUCAGCCGACCUAGUAUUUGGCGAUCUACGCUUACCGAAUAUUUUGAUCACAACCAAAAAAGAAAAGGCGAUGAUCAUUGACUUCGAUUGGUGCAAAAAAGCGGGUGAAGGACGCUACCCGGUGACCUUGAAUCAAGAAGGAAUUGAUUGGCCUGAGGGUGUUCACCCGUAUUCAAUCAUGGAGAAGCAACAUGAUCUUGAUAUGUUGGAUCAAUUGCGUUAG